ACUGGUGUAUAGUAUACAUAUGUCAAGUAUACAAUAUGUUUAAAAUAGGUAUAUACCUCGUUAGUCUGAUAGCUAACGUUUUUGGAAGCUAGUUUUUAAGCUACUGUCGAGAUUUUGACGUUGCAACUCCCGGAUAAUGUAAUAGGAAAUGAUUCCCUGUUAAAAUAUGUUGACGAUAGCUACUUGAGAUCCCCUUUUUACUUUGAUUAUAACUAACGUUUUUAUAUAAUUUUAUCAAGUGUUUGUGACUGUGCUUUUUAAGAUAUAAUUGAGUAGGAAAUCUUGUGACAGUUCAUCAAAUGGAUCCGGUAUAGUUUUUUUAUUUGUAAGAUUGAUUCAAAUAAUAAAAAAUGGGCAAGAAUACAAAACAAGUAGAGUCUGAAGUCCAGGGCACUUUACAAAUAAAAUCAUAUAAUUCGAACCACUGACAGCGACAAAUGCAUAUCUGCAAGCAAACAUACAGCCGCAUAAACAUAUACACAUGCACAUUAGUGUGUAUUUUUUUUUAUCCCCGUAUGAAGGCAUAAGUUAAGAGUGCUCAACAAAAAUUUUAUACAUACUAAUUAGCUUCAUCAUCGCUACUAAAUUGUUUGUAUGUAAUUUUCUUAAUCAAUUAGAGAGUAUGUAUACUGGAAAUUAUAAUCUGGAGGGUGGAGCUAAAUAUAUGUUCGUAGCCACAUGAGUUAACUCUGAUAAUCAAAUCUACAGAAUACAUUCUCACAUAUGGCAUAUGCUUUUUACAAUAAUAAUAUACAACGUUGAUUAAUAAUCAUAUAAAAAUGUCGCAACUAACAAAGAUACAUCUAUACAUGUAUGAUGUAUCCAGACAUCUAAUGAGCUGUAUUUGUAUAUUAUGAUAUUCCUAUUUGUUUCAUGGUACCUACUUAUGUAAUCUUUGUUUUUGGCUUUUGGAAAUUCUAAAAACAGAUAAACUAAUUAAUAUUAUAAUAAGUAAAAAAAUGUAAAUAAAAAGGAAACCGAAACAAGAGAAGCCAUGUCUGAUGAUGAGUUAGGUAGCGUCGUGACUCGAGCUCAGCCCAAUCGCCCAGCUUAUCCCAAUCAAACCCAUCCUUCAUGGCUUCAUCCAUGUGCUUCUUUGUUAUACGUAGUGUAAAAUGUAAGAAAAUCGUUAAGCCAUAACUUUUGAUUUUAUGAUCUUUAAAAUUUUUUAAUAUACGUAAAAUAAAAAGUGUACAUUCGUUUGAACGAGGGUUUACAAGUACCCAUAGCUGAAUAAGAACAUUUAGAUCUAAAUGACAUUUGUCACGACAAAAAGUUCUAAAGUCUGGAGUAUAUCCGAGGAACCGACCAUUAAAAAUCAUAAUUUUAACCGAUAAUUUUAGUUGUAUACAGGGCAUUAUAAAAAAUUUACAUAAAUAACAAGGAUAUAAAAUUUUAGUUUAGCUUGGGGCAUCAAGAAAAUUUAAAAAUGUUGGACCAAUACUGAAUAAACAUUGUAUUUUAGUAAUUUCUAGUGUUUGGUAGAACUAAAGAUAGAUAGACAAUGGAGCUGGUCUUAUAAGGGAUGAAUCUGAUUAAUUAUCGAGUUUGACUUGAUUAUAUGAUAAUUAUUAAUUAAGUAGCAGCCAGAUAUAUGUGAAUUAAUGAAUUAAACUGAUCAACGAAAACCUUACUUUUUGUAAUUUGAUUACUAUAUCUAUCGGAUAAAGCCCCAAUAAAGUUAAGAAGCGACAAGUAUAAACCGGAGAGAGGAAGAUACACCCAGACCUGUGAGUUGUACACAACCAGCUGAAAGAAUAAUUAACACUUAAUCACCUCUUAAUCCAUAAACUAAUAAUGUAUACACAUAAUUAUAAAAGCCAUCCCAUUUCUGAGAAACUUCUCUCUUUGUGUAUGCGACCUUCUCUUUCUCUCGUUCUUAAUUCUACUUUAUCAUCACAAUAAUGGGAAACACAUCUUCAUGCGCACCAUUGAUCACAUCAUCAGGAGUAGUCAAAAUAUUAUCUCCUUUCACCGGAACGCUCGACGUUUUCUCAAAGCCCAUCAAAGCUUUAGAUAUCGUCUCUCAAAACUCCGGUCAAUUCAUCACCGACUCUACACUUCUCCAAAUAGGCCACCGAGUCACCGCCGUAUCUCCCGACGAGUUUUUGCGGCCGAGACGACAUCUCUACCUUCUCCUUCCGACAGACAUGCUCUUCUCCGUCUUAACACACGAAGAACUCGCUCUCAUCUCCGAGAAAGCAGCAGAGAUACUCAACGAGAGCCGGUAUAACCAUUUGAAGAGAGUAUUCCCUGUUUGUAUGUUUCCAGUGUCUGGAGACAAAAGAAGAAACUCAUCAUCGAGUAAUGAAGAUGAUCACCAUGAUCAUGAUGGUGUGGAAAUAAGAGACACUCUUGAAGAGAAGGUACUAUGCGAAUUGAACUAUGGAUCUUGGAGACCUGGAUUGGAGACGAUCGUCGAGAGCUAAAUGAAUAAAAUCUUGAAGAUCGAUCGUUAAAUAUUUUACUAUAUUAUUAAUCUUAGACGAGUACAUUUUUGUUAUUUAUUUUUGUUUCCCUAGUUUUUUUUUUUGUCCGAGUUAUGAAGAAAAAUUGAGGCCUAAAUACAUGAAUAUAUUCACGAUAUACUGAAUUUUAGUUGGAAUCAUUGGUUAAUUAUACAUUUGAAUUAUAGAGAUUGGCCCAAUCUCUAUAUCAACUUUUAAGAACAAGUAGUUUAGCAGUUUCAUUGAAACAAAAUCAGACUCCUAACAGAAAAAAUUACAUAGUUUGAGAUAACCUCACAUGCAAGUAACUAAUUUUGACUGGAUAUUGUUUCUUGUAGUAUUAACCCGACAGCUAUACUGAGUCUGGGUGUUUUUUCCAUCCGAUAAAAAAGAUAAUGGUCAACGUAGACGCUGGUUUCUGGUAAACCAGAUUUUAGGUACAACUAUUUUGGUACGUAUAUAUUUAUAAACAUACAUGUUAAGUUUUGAACGUUUAAUUAAUAUAGAUUUGAGAACUUAAUUGGAACCAUAGCAGAUGCUCUGAAUAUAAAGAUUUCGCCAGCCGAUCUAAUAACCAAAGAAGGAAUAUUAUAGAAAGGACCUGCAUAUUUUUUUCGUCCUAGGCCAAAGUCUACACACCUACCUGAGUAUAGGUAUAUCAUAAUUCAUACAUAAGCAAGCUUUUAGCAUUAAAUAAUCUGUGAUAAGAACACAGACAGAAAAUACUGAUGAUUAGUGUUCAAUCCAAUUCAAAAAUACUGAUGCUAGGUUAAGGCCCAUUUAAAAUAAAAGCUUAUCGGUUGUAUCCAUGUUUGGGCUUCUAGAAAAAAAAAUGAGGAUGACAAAGCAACAAGAGUCACCUUAGAUAGACUAGAGGAGGGGCCUCGCCUAAUAGCGUGUUUGCGUCAGGAGUUUGUGGAUGAGCACACACUCUUUUUAGUAUUUUUUCUGUCCGAAAAAGCAUAAACAGACAAAAAUGAGGAACCCACUUGCACAGCUUCCCCAUGCGCUCAUAGUGCGCGUGUCUCCUACGUCUUCCAUUUUGUGUCUUCUCCCGUGUCUGUGCCGAGAUUUUUCUGUUUUUGGUCGUUAACGAGUUGACUUUUUUUAAUAGCGAUCUAAGUUUGAUUUUUCUUGACGAAAAAAUUAAACAAAAAUCUAGAAGAACAACAAAAACAUGGCUUAUCGAUUUGUCAGUAGAAUCGAAUGUUCCGUAGACCUGGAAAAAAAUCGAAUGUUCUGUAGACUUUUGUAUCAAUUUAUAUUAACUUUUAAAUGGUUAUUUACAUACCUCAUGGUUUGUUGUAACUAACAAAGUCUCUAUUUUGUUAAAAAAAUUUAAGAUUCAGAAUCAAUUAGGCUGAGAGUUAGCUCAAUAACAAAACAACAAAUCUCAAAAUAGAGAAAUAAAACAGUUAAGCUAGAUUCAGUUAGCCAAGAAACCUAGAAAAAUCAAUUCAUUAACUGUGGAAAUCAAUUUAAUAGCCAGUCAAAUAUUAUAUUAGACCUUUCUCAAAAACU